GGAGACAGACUGAUGUGUGCAGUCCAUCCAUACCGCCGACAGGCGACACGCCGCCGCUGACAGAUCCCCUCGCUCGCGGGCUGCUGCGUAUCAGUCUGUGGAGAACAAUACCCGAGCUUUUAUUACAAAUGCCGAUAUUUAAGACUCUGAGGAUUUGUUGACUUACGAGUAACAGCAAGGGUAAUCGAUCUCUGUUUCUGCUCUUUUUGGCCGCUUUUUCAGGUUCAUGUCCAUUCCAAGAGAAGGUGCGACCGAGUCUUUCUAGCUAAUAUAGAAAAAACACGCGAGUUUUCAUCUUUAUCCAGAUCGUGUACGGCGUCAUCCGACUUUGGAAAGAGAGGAGGGUGGAGAAGAAACACUUCCAUACACGGUGUGAGAAAGGUGGAGGUUUGUUGUCAGCUGAUUGUAAUUCUCCACUCAUGAAGGGCAUGGAGAUGUUGCGCCGCUCCUCAGUGUUCGCGGCUGAAGUCAUGGAGGUGUUUGAUCGUUCUCCCACGGAUAAGGAGUUAGUGUCUCAGUCUAAAGUGUUGUGCAGGGAUUACAUUCACUCCAGACUCCACCGGGCUGGAAUCGGAUGGUCGAAACCAGAGCACGGAUCCGGAACACUGGCUGAGGUGUCAUCAGUCCUGCUGUGGUUGGGAGACGAGCUGGAGUACCUGAGACCCAAUGUAUACCGCAACGUAGCACGUCAGCUCAACAUCACAAUCCCCUCUGAGAGUAUAGUCUCUGAUGCCUUUUUGGCCGUCGCUGCAGAAAUCUUCUCUACAGGUUGGUGUAACAUGGGGGAAGAUUGUGUCUCUGUAUGCAGUGGCCGGAGCUCUUGCUGUGGACUGUGUUCGGCACGGGUAUCCAGCAAUGGUGCACACCAUUGUCGACUGCAUGGGCGAAUUUGUUCUCAAGAGCCUUGUGUCGUGGUUAAAGAGGAGAGGAGGCUGGGCGGACAUCACUAAGUGUGUAGUCAAUACAGACCCCAGUUUUCGUUCUCAUUGGUUGGUGGCAGCUGCGUGCGCCUGUGGUCACUAUCUCAAGGCCGUGGUCUUCUACCUGCUGAGAGAAAAAUGAAGAGCAGGAUAAACAAGUGACGGACAGCUGAACUCUUCAGCAGGGGCUUCUAGUCACUGCUUAAGCCUUUCACUGCUCUUAAUGUGUUUACACUUGCACAAAGUUUGCACUUUGGUAACCCUUUACAAUAAGGUCUCGUUUGUUAACAUUAGUUAAAUAACUAGUUCAAAUGAACUAACUAUGAACGAUAUAUUUUUACAGCAUUUAAGCUUUGUUAAUGUUAGUUGAUAGAAAUCCAAUUGUUCCUGUUAAUUCACAGUGCAUAAACUAAUGUUAACACGCAUGUAUUAGUAAAUGUAGGAAUUAACAUUAUGAUUAAUCAAUGCUGUAGAAGUAUUGUUCAUGUUAACCUUGUUGUAAAGUGUCACCCAAUUUAGUUUAAAAGGAUAUUGAGCUCCAAGAUGAACCGUUAUCUUUAAGGUUUUGUUAAGUUUAACCUGGCCUUUUGCACUCUAGGCAUUCCUUGCUGUUACCAUUUUUUUUACCUAAUUAUGAUAUGCAGAAUAUCUAGGCCAGCGGGAGAGGAAACUAUCGUGACGUUUGAAUUUGUGUGUGAAAGAGAAUGUUCAUGUACUUGGAUUAAUGCUGCCUACCCCAACAUUGUCUUAUCAGAAAGAUUGUUAAUACAUGUUUCACUGUCUUGAGUGGUUUUGAUGCUCUAAAUGCAGAUUAUUAACAAUCAAGCUUCAAAAAUCCAACUGCAAUCCACAAUGCAGUGUAAAAAACAA